AAGUACAUUAGAAAUGUACAAGAUUUCGCGAAGUCGAAAUCUGGUAAAGAGAGGGAUUGGCUGGGGUUGGAUGGAUUGUUGUUGGCUUUGGUAUGUGCUGUUUUUAUUCUGAUUGUGAAUGGUGCUGGUGAAAAUCAGAAUGAGGAUCAAGAAAGUACAGAAAGUGAAACAGGUUAUUUGAGGAAAAAAGUUCGGAAAAUAAUUUUUUCUCUUCCUUCUGCUUUCUUGAUCUUUUUGUUAGGUGUUGUUUUGGCUAUUAUAAGAGGGCCUAAAGCUGUAAAAGGGUUUAAAUUUGGUCCAUCAAGAAUUGAAGUUGUGAGUAUAUCAAAACAGGCUUGGAAGGAUGGGUUUAUUAAGGGUACUGUUCCUCAACUCCCAUUAUCUGUGUUAAAUUCUGUGAUUGCUGUUUGUAAACUGUCAACAGAUUUGUUUCCUGAGAAGAGGGAAAUUACGGCUACGUCGGUGUCUAUGACGGUGGGGUUGAUGAACUUGAUAGGGUGUUGGUUUGGUGCAAUGCCAUGUUGUCAUGGUGCAGGAGGUCUAGCAGGGCAAUACAAGUUUGGUGGUAGGAGUGGUGGAUGUGUGGCACUUCUUGGUGUGGCUAAGUUGGUUUUGGGAUUGGUAUUAGGUAGCUCAAUGGUGAAGGUUUUGACACAAUUUCCUGUUGGGGUCUUGGGAGUGCUUUUGUUGUUUGCUGGGAUUGAAUUGGCUAUGUGUUCAAGAGACAUGAACACCAAGGAAGAUGCAAUUGUGGUACUUGUUUGCACAGCAGUUUCACUUGUUGGUUCUAGUGCUGCGUUGGGUUUCUUGUGUGGGAUUGUGGUUCAUUUGAUUCUUAAGAUGAGGAAUAUGGAUAGUGAUGGUCAUUCUUGUUCUAGUGUACUUUGGUUUCAUAGAAACCCAUAAGCACCUUUUAUGUUUGUGUUAGUCAUCCUAUUGUAAAUAAAUAAUGUAUACUUUUUUUGUUGUUCGGGUGAUGGUGAUGUUUCGACCAGCUUGUGUGCACUUUGAUUAUUUUAUCAAGUAUCUUCUAUUUCUCACUAA